UAGAACAAAGACAAACCUUAGAAUUUAAAGGUUCCUAAACCCAUUUGCCCAUUUUGCCCAAUAGUACCCUAUUACAUCUCAUCCCACUCACUAAUAUCAAACUGUGAGCAUUGCCAAUUGCGGCCUGUUACUUUACGAAAACCAUCUAUGGUAUUUUCGAUUAUUGAAAGCCAGAUACCUUACUUUAUUGUUGGUUAAUGGUUUCUUCAUUUUGAGAUCUAGUGUUCUUACAUGAUGUCUAACGGACCUCCUCCCUCGGUGCGAUGCCUCCUCGGGGAUCUACACAGGCACCGCGGUGAGAAGGUUAGAUUUUUAGGAUGCGUAACAUAUUAUAAUACUCACUCGGCUUCUCUGACUCUUGAGCACGAAUACAAGGGAAAUAAAAUGCCUGCCUAUGUCGAUGUCAAGCUUCUACUCGAGACUCUCAAAUCCGAACAAUUAGAAAUAGGGCAAUGGGUUCACGUAAUAGGAUAUGUCACAUCUUUCCAAAUCCUUAUGACUAAAUCAAAGGAGCCACGGUGCUCAUCAAGCGUCCAUGUCCAGGCUCUCGUUCUUUGGACCGCCGAGGAUCUGGAUAUCUCAUCAUACGAGAAGGCAUUCGCUUCCAAUAGAGUAGCCGAUCGAACAUACCCUUCUCAAUCCUCAUCCGCAGGGCUGGUGGAGUGAUCCAAGGGAGAUCACCGGAUAGGAACCAAACAACGUGUGAUGCAUGCCAUUGGGGGCCUGCCGACGUCCACUUGACGAUUUUAAAAGUUGCGCAUGUUCAGAAAGAAAAGGUAACCAUA